AACAGCGACAGCUGAUUUCCAUUAUUACGUUGAUUCAUCUCCAUUCAUCUCAUAAAUGUUAUACCUUCUGAUAUUGAGUAUAAUAUAAAUUAUAAUGGAAAAUUUAUUAAAAAGUAGUUUAAAGAAGGUUAUGUAAAUGAAAUUUUAACAAGGCAGUAGAAGAGCAGUCAGUGUAGUGCGAGAAAGAUGUUAUGACAAGAUUUAUUUUUAGCUGAAAUUUAGAAAAAAGGUACAAAGAAAUUUCACAAUGAAUUCAGACAGUCAAAAAGUAAAAGGCGAAAAAAUAACACUGAAUGAUCAGCAAAAUUCAUCAGAUAAUCGAUUACCAGUACAAGAACCGAAAUUCUGCAAUGUAACAAAAUUAACAAAAACAUCAGAUGAAUUGAAGUUGAACAACAAUGUUCCAUUAACUGUUGAUAAAUGUUCAACGUCCAAUGAAUCGCAAGUGAAAUUAUCAAAUGGAUUACCAGUGAAAAACGUCGAAACGCAUUGUUCGUCUGAAAAUGGCCAUUUCUCUGAUACCUCAAAUCUACCAACUUAUACGGGACUCAAUCUUAGAUUUCAAUCGUCGAAUAAUUCAUCAACAAGUCAGGUCAAUCAUAAAUCAACCGUUUUCACGAGUAAUUUGAAUCUCCCACAAGAUAAUCAAUUGAUUCUUCCCAUGGUUUCAAAUGAAUAUUCUUCCAUGAUGUCUUGUCCAAGUGAAGAGAGUAAUAAUUCAAGAAAAGUGAAUAGUUGUGAGACGACAGAGGAGCGCUUGACAUUUUCAAAUGUACUUUCGGUGAAUUCGAGCGAGGACCGGGACAUGAGGAAUAAUGUUGAUUAUACUUCGGAGAUUGAAAAAUGUCCACCAAAAGUUUCAUGCAGUUCUGAUUCAAGUCCUGAAAUGGAGAAUAAAUGGUCCUCGAAGGGUGUUUUGAAUAAUAUCAGUGGGAGUAUUGGAUCAACGAAUCAGGGCACGUGUUUUUUGAGACAUAAUAUUAAUGGUUGCAAGGACGUGGCUGGUCCCAGCGGUGUGCAAAAGACGGCUCAAAGAACGGCGAAUGAAAGUCGAGAUUCUAGUUCUGGAAACGAAGGAGAUUUAUCUGACGAGGAGGAUCAAUAUAUUUACACCUACAAAGGUGAUGACGAAGAUAACGUUGAGGAUGAUGAUGAAAAUCGAUUAGAUUUCAGACAGGAUUUAAAUCAUAUCCGUCGACAAGAACUCGCAGGUCACGACAGCGAUAGAUCUAGUCCAGAGAUGGAUUUUUUGGAAAUGGAUUUCGAUCCUGGACCUUCUUGCGAACAUGAUACGGGCGAUAGUGAUAUGGCUUCCAUCAAUGAGGAUAUACAGAAUAUUUCUUUGGACAAUAUGGAAGGUGAACCAAAUUUGUUGAAUGAUUUGAGUAACGCUAAGGUAGUUUCUCGACAGGAGAUAUUGCAAAUUCAAGUGGUACCACGUCAAGAAAUUAUGCGAAAUUCGCAGGAAAAUAAUCCGAUUGAAAUUAAUGUCGAACAGAAUACUUCCGAGUCUCAACCGAGUACCUCAAGCAAUUCUAAUGAUGUCGACAAAUCAUGGUUGCCUGGUACCAGCACCAGUGUUUCUAUUCCUAAAAAGUCGGAAGCAACAGGUUUGCAUAGAAGUGGCGGUUGUCCUCUGCAAGAAUCCUAUGGUUAUCACAACACAAGCGGUGAUUUAAUUUCACCUGGUGAAAGUAGAGAAGUAGAUGCAGAAUUUUGGUCCAAUAAUGCAUCAACAUCAUCCUCGGACAAUUCCCGAAAAGUUAAUCUCAGUUCGACUCUUUAUCAUCGAAUGAUGGCUAAAAAAUUGAUGCUCAACAAGCAAACGAAUUUCAAUCAAAGCAGCGAAUCAAAUUUGGAAAGUGAAUUAUGUGACGAAAGAUUAGACGGUCUGCCACCAAUUGAAAAACUGAUGCACUGGAGUGAACAGGAAGCGGCAGUCAAGCAAGUCACACAAAUUGCAACAUCCGCUUGUGGUGCAACUGCAGCAAUCAACGCGAUUAUGGCUCUUGAUGUGCCUUUUUCUCUCGAGGUGCUGGUAAAAGGAGUUGCUACCAGAUUGAGAGAACCGGGUACUCCAUUGCCGAGAUAUUUGCAAAGUCGUUCAUUAGCCGGUGCAACACACAAAGAUAUAGAGCGAGGUAUACAUUUAGCAACGAACGGAGCAUUGGGAACAAAGUUCUUUGCCUUUUAUCCCGAGAGGAAGGUUUCAUUAUCUCAUUGGUUACAUCACUGGAUGUCUCGCGGCGCUAUUCCAAUUGCAACUUUGAAUCUUCAACAUUGUGGGGAAGGUUGUAAUAUUCCAGAUGCUUGGCAUCAUCAAAUGAUAUUUGGUGUAGGUCCAGCGGGAAUUUUUCUGACGAAUCCUCUUCAGUGUCUUCCAGAACAGAUACUGCGACAUCAAAUUGUCAGUCCCAGUGUUUUACUGAUACGACGAGCAGAUGUUUUGGCACACUGGAAUCCAAUGACCGAUUUAUCAGCAAUGAAGUCUUUCGAUCACAGAUGGCGAAAACUAAAUGUUCUUGGCCAAGUUGUCAAUAUGAUCCGUGAAACAAUGGGCGAAAGAAAUUGUACCUCUGCAUCGCAUGUCCGAAUUCCCGCCUCAUAUCAAGCUGGAAUAACUUUGGUUGUUUACUCGGACUCGGAAGUUGCAAAAGAAUUGGCAAACGCGGAACAAUUACCACUCCUCUAGUCUCAACUAAAGUGUUUUUCUUAAAGCUUCAAAAGAAUUUCUUCCAGCACUGCACACAAGGUUUUUUUUUAAUAUAUUUAAAAUAUUUUUUUAAUAUACUUCAAAUAUUUUUUUAAUAUACUUCAAAUACUUUUUUAAUAUACUUCAAA